AUGGCCCUCCCACUACCGCCGGUGCUGUCGCCGGCCGAGUGUGCCCAAUUCGGCCGCAGCUUCGCGCGCGAUGUCUUCUCGUCGCAGCUGGCCCGUCUGCCGGGCCGCCUCCUCCACGCCGGCAUCACCAAGCCGGACAGCCUGGACAACCUGAAGGAAAUCUAUGCCAGCACCAAUCCGUUCGUGACGGUGCUCGCCGUGGCGCUCGUCCUGUGUCCCGUCUUCGUGGUCGUGUCUGAGAUCACCCGCAAUUACUCUCAGGUGGACCGCGUCUGGAGCAUCCUGCCCGUCGUGUACAAUGCCCAUUAUGCCAUCUGGGCGCGUCUGGCCGGCCUUCCGACCAGCAGGUUGGAUUCCGUUGCGCUGUUUACCUUGUUCUGGGGUGCCCGGUUGACCUUCAACUACUGGCGCAAGGGAGGCUACCGGAUCGGAUCAGAGGACUACCGGUGGGCGGUUGUGCGGUCGUACGCCAGCAGCCGGGCGCGCUUCUUCGUCUUCAACGUGCUCUUCAUUGCGUUGGCGCAGUCGCUGCUGCUGUGUUUCAUCACCGCGCCGACCUACCUCUUCGUCGUGCUGGCCCAGCUUCCGGACGAAGGCGCCACCACCUUCGGCGUGCCGGACCUCGUCUUCUCGCGGCUGCUGAUCUUCUUCGUCUGCAUUGAGACCAUCGCCGACGAGCAGCAGUGGCGGUUCCAGCGCGCCAAGCACGCGUACCAGAAGGACAAACGCGUGCCGGACGGCUUCGCCGCGGAGGAUCUCGAUCGCGGCUUCGUCGUCUCGGGCCUGUGGUCAUUCUGCCGCCAUCCCAAUUUCGCUGCCGAGCAGGCCAUCUGGCUGACCUUGUACCUCUGGGCGAGCUAUGUCACGCACACCCCCGUCAACUGGACCGGGAUUGGGGCCCUGAGCUACCUGCUUCUCUUCCAGGGCAGCACUUGGCUGACAGAGUCGAUCAGCGCGAGCAAGUACCCGGAAUAUCGGGAGUACCAGGCGCGGGUUGGGCGAUUCAUUCCCCGGUUUUCCGUCGAGCCCAAGGGAGUCCCCAAGAAAAAGGACACGUAG